GUUGUUUGUGUUGUUGAGAACGCAGCAAGAGGGGAAAACAUUCGGAUGGAUAUCUACGCAGACCUUCCGUCGGCGAAGCCUUCCGCGAAUGUCGCCGUCGCCUCCCCGGCCACCGCUACUGCUUCGGCGUCCCCGGCCUCGAAAGGAUCAUGGGCCCACUCCAAGUUCCAAGGGAUGAUCGCCAACCGGAGGACGGCCAAGGCCGCAACUUCGAGGAUGGCACCGCCUACCUUGAAACGCCCAGGACCCCCUUCCGCCGCUGGCGCUCGCCCCAACAAGACCAUAUCCAAGGCGGAGAGCUCUACCGCCACAAAGUCUAAGGAAACCACUUCUCCGGCCGCAACUAGGCCCCAGUCGUGGGAUAUGGGGUUCGGAGACGUAGAUGACGACUACGACCCGGCUCGCCCCAACGACUACAUGGAGUACUGCCGAGAGAGGAUCGACAAGAAGAAGCAGGAGGAGCGGGAUAGGGAGCUCAAGAUUAUCAUGGAGGAGCAGGAGCGAGAGCGGAAACGCCAAGAAGAGGAGCGAGCCGCCACGAUCAAGAAGAUCCAAGAGGCGGCCGCUAAGUCGCACGAGGUGGGAGGGGCGGGUCCAGGGGCGGCGGGGGGGGGCGUUGGGAUCGGAGGCGGAAGAAUCGGCGCACCAGCGAUGGCAGGCGUGGGUAGAGGGCGGGGUGGUGGCGGUGGCCCCGGGCACGACGUGGCGGCCAUGGACGCGAGCAUGGGCCGCGGGCGAGGUCGCGGGCUUUCCAACCUCCCGGCGUGGGUCACCAAGGGGAAGGGGGCCACGCCGGGUUCUCCGGAGAUGCUGGAACCCCCUACUCCUGCUAGGCGCCCCCCUCCUGUCCCCGGUCAGUUGGAUGCUGUUCCUGAGGCCGGCCAACGAGGUGGAAGAUUCGGCCCCCAGGCUAAGGCUGGUGGUGCUGGUAUCGGGGGCGGGUCUGCGGCAGAGAGCGGAAUGAACUUUGCCGAGCGCAUGAUGGCCAAGAUGGGACACAAAGAGGGACAAGGCUUGGGAGCCUCGAGGCAGGGUAUAAGCCAGCCGCUGCAGUCCAUGUCGGCCGGAGGCGGGAUGGGGGUGAUCGACAUGCACCAUUCCGACAAGAAGAGAAUGGGCGGCCCGUCGGAUACACCGGCGCCCGCAGCACGGAAAAAACGGGGACUGUUCUCGAACCCCACCAGAGUUUUGCUCCUCAAGAAUAUGGUGGGGCCGGGGGAGGUGGAUGACGAGCUUGAAGGGGAGACUUCCGGGGAAUGCGAGCGAUUCGGGCCCGUCCGUCGAUGUCUCAUCUACGAGAUCAAGGGGGGCGACACGCCAGACACGGAGAGGGUUCGGAUUUUCGUGGCGUUCGAGAAGCAAGAGAGUGCCGUCAAAGCCUACCUGGAGAUGAACGGUCGUUUUUUUGGGGGACGACAGAUCGCCGCGUCGUUCUACAAGGAAGACAAGUUCGACGCGUUAGAUCUAGAGCCUCAGGCGGACGAGGAAAAGUCGUAGAAUCGCUGCUUGUGGCGGCCCAUAAAACUACUGGUGCCUCGUCGGAGACGGACGAUUUGAUGGAACGUCUUGGGCGUACAUACAAUAGUUUGCUGCUGUUUCGGGCGUUUGUUGUAAUGAUGCGUGCGUGUGUGACUGGUAUGUCGCAUUUGUGGAAGAUGAUGUCAUUGACGAUGCUGGAGUUGUGGACAGAACAUGGACAAAUCGUUAUCGAAGUUGGGCCAACAUGAUGCGCGAAGGACUUGGGUGGAGCUGUUCAAGAAGAGCUAGGUGAUCUGCGUGAACACGGCCGAUGUCCUGUUCUGAGCAGGCGGGACUCUCGCUCAUCGGAUUGCCUGGAGUUUUGCUGGUGGUGAUGAGCUAAUGUUGUCAGCGUACAACAAUGUAAUAAAACCGUGACCACCGGUUCUAAAUCAUUACCAACGAUCGCAACGCUGUAC